AUAAGAGUAAACGAAUUCUAAGCGACUUUUUUGGCCUUUUCUGACGUAACAUAAACAGACCAAACUGUCUUCCUGCAUUUCAAGUUCAACGGAAGCCGGGAAAGAAAUUUCUGAAAAGUCAUCCCCAUAUAUUUCAAUGAAAAACAAAAGUUACUUUUACUUUAUUUGCCAAAAGAAAGUCCGGAUAUGUCCCUUAAAUGACCGUGACACGAAAUAGUACACCCGAAUAAACAUCUCCGGUAUGCUACCCUGCUGGUAACAGUCUUAUUAUCUUACACCGUGGCUAGUUUUAUGUGUCAAUUCCACCCUAAAUAUGGAGUAUGGUUAAAAGAGAAAGGUCACUGUUUUAAUAGGGUUACUUUGACAUCGCAUGACAUUGUUUAAAACGCCUCAUUUUCCCGUGGAUUUUUGGAAAGCUGGACUGGUAGAAAGUUGAAGCGGUUGCCUCUAUAUACCUACACAUAGCCUAUGCCCUGAUCGAUGAUGAGGGUGACGAUGGCGUCAAUGACAUCGUGGUGUGCCUUCAUCGGUGGGUGUUUGUUGGUGAUCGUUGCUUCUGAAGUAUGUGCAUUGUCGGACCCGAGUAUACAAGAUGAUGUUCGCUUCCAACAUCAGCUACAAUCAAAGGGCCGUAAAUUUGUCUUUGCUUUCAUGGACAACUGUCUUCGAGAACAUACAGAUGUGGAUCUAGGGCCGAAGCUGACCAUUACUGCACUUCCAGAUGGCGCACCCAACGUACAGGUCAAUGUGUCUAUGCCUCAUCUAGGAUUCUUUGAAUCGGUGUCCAUUGCCGCAGGGUCGCAGGUUAACGUUCAGCUUCCUCCAUCUGCCAUUGCUCUUGGACAAGGGUUGCAUGAAAAUGGUGUCGGAGUCGAUGCCAGCGACGACAUUUUCGUCUACGGGAUCGCAGAGGAGGGCCGUCACGCCAAGACAGAGGGUUACCUCGCCUUGCCGGUACCCGAGCCGAUUUCGACCGGAAGUGAAUACACGGUCGUGUCAAUGGAGCAGAAGAAAGGCAACACACAGAGGCAUUCGACAUUUGCUGUAGUCGGAGUUGAACGGUCUUGGGUCGCCAUUGAUGCAGUUGUAACAAUAACAUAUGAAAACAUUACCUAUCAACCAGGAGAAACUAUCAACGCAUUCUUAGACCCGUACCAAGUCAUACAGAUGAAGAGUCUGGAUGACCUUACGGGCACAAGGGUUCAUUCAACAUCACCGGUCGGGUUUAUGUCUGGAGUUGACUGUGGCACAAUGAAGCUUAGGCAUUCUGUCAGAAGUGGAUGCGGUCACAUGGUGGAGCAGCUUCCUCGCAAGAAAGAUUGGGGACAAAAUUUCAUUUACAGAACCCUCAAUGGAGGACCCAACACGCGUCGGAGUAGAGACCAGAUUGGACCGGUGGAUGACGUCGUUACCAGGAUCAGGAUCAUACCAGCCGAAGACGACACCCACGUCGUGUACGGUACGGACAACGAUGAACGUAUUGGAAACGAUAUGGACUUUGUGAUCAGCGGCAGCGAAACUGUUCAUAUCACAGCUAUGAAACCCGUCCUGGUAGUAGCGUUCAUUCUAUAUCACGGUGCAUGUGAGAGAGGCUGCAGGAAACGAUCUCCCACUAUGGUGACUAUCCCACCGCUGGCGCAACCUGCCAACGAUGUCAUCUUCAGCACCGUCAACGCAACGGACAGAAGAGAGGAUGCGGAAAUGUCUCACUUUGUGAGCGUCAUGUACGACUGCGCAUGUUUCCGACGUCUAACUUGGGAAAAUCCUGGACAGUCCGAAGUCAUCUCGGAGGGUUUCGCUGCCAUCAAUGAUCAAAUUUGUUGGAAUCAGUUUCGGCUGACACCAGGUAGUUAUCAUCUGACAGUGACUCCAGAUGAAACGGCGGCGCCUUGCAUCUUGUCUGCGUUCUUGUUCGGGCACGGAACGAACGGAGGCUAUGCUUUUCCUCUUGGACUUGACAGAGCAUAUGUCUCACCAGCGGAUAGAACUGUACCCACUUCUGCAGUCGGGGAUGAGUUUUUCAUCGCGUUUGCUGCUUAUUACCGAGGAAACCGAAGAGGCCCAACCCUGCUCAUCCAUCGAGCUUCUCCUGCAGAGGAAGGAAGAGCGAUCCAGGGUCAAAUCGAUGCGGGAGCAUACUCACACAGAUUCGUGAUCCCGAUCGGGACACCAAGCAUCGAGAUCGAACUCCCAAACCGUGUCGUGCUCUACAACACCCGCAAUGAGUCAGCGAACCCGGUGGAAGUGAGAACGCAGGGCCGGGUCUUGCUGUAUGGACUUAACGAUGCGUUCAGCGACGAACGGUCUGAUGCCUACCUUGCUCUCCCGACUCCGAUGAUGGGUCAAGAAUAUCGCCUGGUGACCUCGCACGAAAGCACAAUUUUCGUUAUCAUCGGCCUCUACGAUGAUACUUUCGUGGACAUGAGGCUGCGAGGUAGCCUGUGGUUCAGGAACCAUGUCCAUUACGGUGGUACGCGUGUCGGCUUCAAGAUCAAACGUCACCAGGCGCUUUUCUUCAUGUCCGUUGAAGAUCAGACAGGAACCCUAAUUGUCGCGAGUAAGCCCAUCUCUGUACUGUCAGGUGCAUCGUGUGGACACUCUUACUAUCGGUACCAGGACGACGAGAGUGGAUCACGAUGCGGACAUAAGCUUGAGCAUCUUCCUCCGGUUGAGCGAUGGGGACACCGGUUUGUUACCUCGGCGAUGCGGGGCUACGACGGCGGGGAGGUAACGACGUACGUUAUGGCUUCCCAUCAGCAUACAAGCAUCAGGUUCAAUGACGAUGAGAAUGAGAUUUACAUCCAACCGGGUCAUACAUACAGGGUAAACCAGAAUAACACUAGAGGCCUUCACACUCUCAUCACGUCAAAUUACUUUCCAGUUCUAGUCUACCAAGUUCCGAACUCACGCAACCUCACGCAUAGCUCUGGCUACUCGCUACCCAGCUUGACGAUUGUUCCUAGCGUAGAUGAACCCGCCGAAGACAUCCAAUCAUCACGCUGGCCUAUUCCGUUGGCCACGUUCAACCUCCGACGCAUGAACACAACGACCAGCUUCACCAACGUCGUUGCCCCAUGUGCAGCAACGUCAAACAUCAGCCUGAAUGGAGACGCUCUGGAACAGUCCGAGUGGUCUGGACCAAUCGCAGAAUCCGAUUUAUGCGCCAUGCGGAAGCAACUCCAGAACGGUGGUAACAACUGGUUGGACCCGGGUGGUGCCAAGGUAUCAGUGGUUCUGUAUGGUUUCUCCCCUGCUUCGGCCUAUACAUGUCCUGGUACUAUGUGAGCGAAUACAUGUACUAGUGAAAUGAUUAUGAUACCGGCAUGGAAUCAUACAAGCUCUUAUAUCAAGUUAUAUUUGUGAUAAAUAUGAUACAUAAGGAAUAAUUAAUAGAGAUCAUCAGCAUCAUCACAGAUGGUCUAGCAGGAGAAUAAUAAAGUCUAUUGAAGGUCACUUUGCUUACAUUUGUUGGGU